AUGUCGAAGCUAUCGCCGACGCUCAAGUCGCUCAUCAACGCCGCGCACUCGCGCCCAGGCCCCGUACCAGCACCACCGAGAAUCCAGGCUGUAUACAAACGGAUAGAAGAAGAGGCUACCGAGCGCAAACUCGGGCGACCAUCAUGGCUGGGCAUUUCUACCGCCGCGACCAUGACGAUGAACUCGCCGGAGUCCAUGGUCGCCCUGUACAACAGCUCGACUGCAUCCAGACCCGAGAGUGAAGGCGUUGCGACAGCGGAAUUCAUGCGCGAGAUUGGGCUUAAGUGCAUAGGCUUCAAUGGCAUCCCACGCACAAUCAACAUGCUCAACGCCUUCCGCGCCGAACUUCCUUCGUCGAUCGCUUCCAAGCUAAACACCAAGCCUACGCGCUUCCCAGACCCCUCCAACGUUGAGCACAUCAACAACCGCGGCCGCGCUCUUUGGAAUGCCAUCUACCGCCCAUUAGAAACCAAACUCGAACACAAACUCGGCGAGGCACACCCCGAUCUGCCCGUCUUCAUCAUCAACAGCGAAUACGGCGGUCUGUUCACAGACCCUCCCCGCAAGGAAGGAGCUACCGUGGGCCGAAUAACCACCAGUCUGAUUGCUAUCACAUGCUUGAGGGCACAACAAGGAGUUGGACCACAGGUGCUCAGUCAUGUCUUUGGGCUGAGGAAGGCUUGGGAAGACGGCACCUGGAAGCAAGAGCCUGAAGCGGGAGAAGAGGAGGGAAUCAAGUGGCUAGUUAGUGAUGAAGGAUGCACAUGGGUGCUGGAGAAGGUCGAUGAGCUUGUUGAAGCUCUCGGCGGUGGACAGGGAAGCACAUUUGCGCCCGUCAAGUCCAAGUUAUAA